AUGGAAGAUUAGAUUGACAACGAAUUUUUGGAUGAAAAUUGUGAAAAUUAAGAUUUACAAUAGUGUGAUAUUUGUAAUAGGAAAUUUCAUUCUGAAAGAAUUGAAAGACAUCUUAUUGCUUGCCAAAAAGCCUAAUAAAAAUAAUAAGAAAGGGAUAAAAUAAUAUAAAAAAAGAAAAAACAAAUUGAACAAAAAAAAUAACACCUUUAAUAAAUGGAUGUUGAAAUAGUUAAAACUAAUUGGAGGGAGGAACAUCAAAAAUUUUAGGAGUAAAUCUAAUAUAACAGAAAAUUAAAAUAAGUAAUAACAGCAUUAUAUAUUAAGUUAGAAAUUGAAGGAUAAGAUGUAACUUAGUUAAAACCAUUAGAAACCAAAGUAAAUUCCAAUUAUGUUUUUUGUGAAUAUUGUGAAAGACAUUUUGCAAAAAGUAACUAUCCAAUAUUUAUAUAAGAUGUUGCUGAAAGACAUAUACCUAAAUGUAAAGAAAUCAUAGCUAAGCCUAAACCACCUAGAAAGAAGACUGUUGAAAUGAUCUAACCUUCUUAACCAUAACUUCAAGAAAAAAGAUAAGCCUAAGUUAGUACACCUUCUACUUCCAGUUAAAUGGAGAGAAAACCUAUUAUCAAAAAACAAUUAUCAGAUUCAUCAUAACAAUUUAGACCUACAAGUUUAUAAAAAUUUAUAGCUGAAUAAUCUGGCAAAGCAAAUUUAACAAAUAUAGGUAUCUAAUCAUAUUAUAAAUAGGUUUUAUUGAUUGUAAAGCAAGAGCUACUGCUAUCUAAGAUACAGAAUGUCCACAUUGUAAUAGAAGAUUUAUAUCCAGAGCUGCUGAAAGACACAUACCAAUUUGUGAAAAAUUAACAAGAAAACAUUCUUUUUGUAUAAUUAUUUAAUUAAUAGUUAGAGAUUAAAUAUUAAAGUAGAAAAAGCGUACCUAUUAAAUAAAAUAAUUUAAUGAUGAUAAAUCCUACAGCAGUUUUGCCUUAAAUACAAAGAAAAGGCACUAAGUAGUUAGAAGCAGGAAAUUUGCCUCCUAUUGGAAAUAAUUAAAAGUUUUGUACAGAAUGUGGAAAUAGAUUCUAAGCAAAUCAUAAAUAUUGCGGUGGAUGUGGACGCAAAAGGGAACCUGAAAUUGUAAUUUGA